AUGGUCGAGUGCGGUAGGGUGCGAUCUAGCGCAGUGGGGAGCGGUAAGUUGUGGCCGGCUGCGCCUGCAGCAGCUGCUUUUGCGCGCGUGGCUCUUAGUGCGUGGGCAGCUGCGCGUGCGCGUGCAGCUGCUGCCGCGCGCGUCUGCUCGUGCGCGGUGGCGUGCGUGAGGCUGCGCGUGCGGGCGACAGGGCAGGGUGCAGCACGGGAUGAGGCGGGGCGCGGGCAGGGUGCGCAGCGGUGCGCGGUGGCGGCUGCUGUGCGCUCGGCGCAUGCAAUGCGUGCGCGUGCCGCCGUAUGUGCACGCGAAGCUGCUGCUGCGCGUGUACAAGCUGUGCGUGCGCACGGCGCGUGCGCGGCGCUCCUAUACCGCAGGCAGCGCGGGCAUCGUGGGGCAGUGCGUAACGGGGCGAUUUAG